CUGGAUCACAUGCAUCUUUCUACAAGUCUCCCUUACAGGGGCUGCUGAGAGCAGUAUAAUUGGUGGCAGAGAGGCAAAACCCCAUUCCAGACCUUACAUGGCAUCACUCCAGUAUCAAGAACACCAUUCAUGUGGUGGGAUGUUAAUCCGGGAGGACUUAGUUCUAACGGCAGCACACUGCAAAUUUGAGAACAGAGGUCCUUCAACAGUGGUCCUUGGAGCACAUGACAUUAGCAAGAAAGAGAAAAGUCAGCAACGUAUCAAAGUGGCGAAAUACUACCCACACCCGAAAUUCAGUGGAAAAUACGAUUAUGACAUUAUGUUACUGAAGUUAGAAAAAAAUGCCACACUGAAUAAAUUUGUGAAGACCAUCAAACUACCCAAGAAAAAUGGGAAAACGCCUGCCAACAUUAAAUGUCAUGUGGUUGGUUGGGGUCGAACUGGAAAUGAUUUACGUCCCUCAAAUGUUCUAAAGGAAGCUACGGAGAAGACGCAAUUCAGCAGGUGAUUCUGGUGGACCACUUAUCUGCAAUAAAAGGCCUCAAGGUGUAACAGCAUUUAUCAUGAAAGACAACUGCAAUAAUCCAAAGUAUCCGCACGUCUUCACUAAAGUUAAUUUUUUUUAUUGCAUGGAUGAAAGAGAAAAUGAAAGAAGAGAGGUUUGUUGCAAGAGUCACUACACAGUCAUUUACUGGUUAAACAAUAUGAUGAAGUAAAGCAUAUGUUUUGUAGCACGUGUA